AUGUCUCGCAUACCUUCAAGUUUCGACUAUAAAGAUAAUGUCAAAGAUGUUUCUGAAAUGGAUUUUAUGGAAAAAUUGGUGUUUAGGGCCAAACAACAACCACUUGUCCCAAUAGGAUGUCUGUUAACCACAGGUGCUAUUGUGUUGGCAGCACAAAGUGUUAGAUCAGGUAAUAAGAAUAAAGCUCAGGUAUUUUUUCGUUGGCGUGUAGGUUUGCAAGCAGCUACCUUAGUUGCCUUGCUUGCCGGUUCAUAUAUAUAUUCAUCUAAUAAGGCAGAACGUAAGACAGAAGAGCAAUUGCUGAAGGAGAAGGCAAAGAUGAGAGAACAGUUAUGGAUUCAAGAAUUAGAAAGAAGAGAACAAGAAACUGAAGCUAGAAGGAAGAAAGCUGAAAUGUUCAGAUUAAAAGCUAAGGAAAAUGAGGAAGCUUCUAAAAAUCUAGAACAAGAAUUGAAAGCGCUAGAAUCUAAAGUCAAUGCCAGCAAGUAA